GGACAAAUGCAACCAACAUAGGCCUUUAAAUUCUGUUGUAUAUGUCAUUGGUCAAUGCUUUGUCCCUAUAGAAAGAAACACUAUAUGUGAAGCAGCAACAACCAUAACAACUAGGCUAUAGGCCAGCAUUGAACUGCUCAUAACAAAGAAAUGUAAAAUAUGUGUGUGUAUCCUGCUGUCUGUCUUAUACAGGCUAUGCAAAGGCUGUCACUGUAUUUGAAUAUGCAUGCACUGGACAUGAUAGAGGGGGUGAGAGAGUGAGAGUGAUGUGUGUGUGUGUGAGGGAGGGGUAGGCUAGGGUAAUGUCACACUGGAGACUCAGCACACCAUUCAGAGGACGACAGAAGCCAUGAGGAGGAGUCACGGUUAGCAGUGGAGUGUCAGAAUAGAUGCCUCUUCUUCUCCCAUGGUUUCACAAUAAGGGCCAACUGUUUGUGACCAGUGUAGAUGCCACUGUUUCUCUAGAGCCAGAGCUGCAGGAAUAAUAUCCUGUCAAAUCUCAACUUUACACCAUGAUUGUCCCAGAGUCACAAGAUGAGAAACUGCCCCCAAGUGGCUCUGUGGGCGGAGUCACCAGCCAACAGUACAGAUCCAUCCCGUCCUUAUCGCAACACUCUGGAAGUCCACAACAUUUUAGCACCAAUGGGAAUAUUUCACCUGUCAACACCAGUCUCCAUUACGAACCACAGGAGUACACUGAGACAGACUUUCUGCUCCCAAAUAAACUCUACAGUAGCUCAAGGGUCAGUGGAUCCAUGAGAGCAGGUCCAAGAUCCAAGGAUGCAGAUGGCUCUGGUGCACCUGCUGAGUCAGUCUGCUCCAUGGUGCUUCAGAUCCUGGUGCCAUUUCUGCUGGCCGGGUUCGGGACAGUCUCUACUGGGAUGCUGCUUGAUGUAGUUCAGAACUGGGACGUGUUCCAGGAAAUCACAGAGAUCUUCAUCCUGGUCCCUGCAGUAUUAGGCAUGAAGGGCAACCUGGAAAUGACUCUGGCCUCUAGACUCUCGACUGCUGUAAAUGCAGGAAAAAUGGAACCUGCCAGAGAAAAGUGGAUGUUGAUCGUUGGGAACCUGGCACUCAAGCAGCUGCAAGCCACAGUGCUCGCCCUGUUAGCCUCUCUGAUGGCAACUCUGUUGGGCUGGAUGGCAGAAGGAAAGAUGCCCUUUCAUCACGUAGUGCUCCUGUGUUCAACCAGUGUUUCUACUGCCUUUAUUGCUUCAUUGCUGCAAGGUAUUAUUAUGGUGGGAGUGAUCAUUGGCUCCAAGCGGAUGGGAGUCAACCCUGACAACGUUGCUACACCCAUGGCAGCCAGCUUUGGGGACCUUAUCACUCUCGCCUUGUUGGCCUGCUUCAGUCAGUGGUUCUACUCAUUCAUAGAUUUGUAUCCCUAUGUGCUGUACCUGGUGGAUCUGUUAUUUUUGUGCCUGAUUCCUCUUUGGGUGGUCAUCGCCUCCAAACAUCCAGCCAGUCACAUCCUGCUCCGCACAGGCUGGGAACCAAUCGUUACAGCAAUGGUCAUCAGCAGUUUCGGAGGACUUAUUCUGGACAAGACUGUGUCAGAUCCAAACCUGGCAGGAAUCAUAAUUUAUGCUCCAGUUAUAAAUGGUAUUGGAGGAAACCUUGUCUCCAUACAGUCUAGUCGUAUUUCUACCAAUUUGCAUUUGAAUUACUCACCUGGAGAGGUUCCUGAAGACCUUAAGAGCUGCUACAGCCCUUGCCGCAUUUUCUUUGGUUCAGGAGCAAACCAUCGAUCUGCUCAGGUCCUGCUUCUUUUGGUCAUUCCUGGUCAGCUCGUCUUCUUACACACUAUUCACCUGAUGAAAGGAGACCACACUUUGCCCAGUCCUCUCUUGACUGUCGCCUUCUUGUCUGCUUCCCUGAUUCAGGCCGGGAUCAAGGAACAUCAAACUGGACGCCCUUUCUCACCAGUACACGGGCGAAGACUCCUCCCCUGAUCCAGAUUCCAUCCUCAUGUAUCAUUGGCAAUCACAUGGGAAAUUGAGGCUAAUGUGAGGGAGGCCCAGCUAACACAGGCCGACCUGGGUAAUGGACCACCCGACUGUCUGUUUGUCCCCGACACUACACGUUCCCAGGGCACACACAUCCAAAAUUUCCUAUCAUCCUGGUAUCAGCCGCACCCUAGAUCUCUGGUAGCCCACCAUGGAGGUGGACACUUGGGCGUUUGUGACUGCCUACACCGUCUGCGCUCGAGGGAAGUCUUCACAUCGUCCUCCGGCUGGGUUGCUACGCCCUCUGCCUGUUCCCAACCGCCCGUACAUAAUCAUUUUGACCUGUGCUGAUGACAAGAACAUAUUUUCCUUGUUGAGAUUGUGAAGACAACCAUUAAGUUUAGAUUCAAUUUAGAUUCAAAACUUUCUUGGAAUAACUUUUGAUGCACUCAAAUGUAGCAUGUAUGGGUUAUUGAGUUUGUUAUAUACCAAAGUUACAUAUACUUAAGUUAAAAUCAGUAUAAAAACAGAAAGCAUUAUGAUGACAGCAUGAUGUACUAACUUGAACUGUACUAAUAGUAUUCUGUAAAUAUACUUUCAUUAACUCCUGUUAAUUAACUUAAGGUUGUAACACAGUAUACUUAUCAAAAAUAUAAUUUGAAACAUUCUAAUUUAUACAAAACCUGAAGAAUCUGAAAAAAGAAGACAAACAAAAUUCUUCAGAACUCAAUCGAAAGAGUCUCAAAAGUAGUGUUACUUAGUCAAUACUACAUAAGUGUAUUUUCAAUAAGCUUGCUUCCAAUAUAUGUAUUUAUAUUCAGGAAUUAUAUUUUUGGAAAACAAACUUUUAAGAAUUACUUCUUAGAUAUUAAAUUCAUUGUUGGGGACAUUAGUAAUUAGGGAGGGGGACUACUACUGUGUUCCCUGACUUGCCAGCAAGUUAUGGUGGGUAUGAAAAAGGAGUUUCAAAGUUCCAAUAAAAAGUGCAUUCUUGACUAAUGUUUAGUAAUCAAACUUUGUUUUCACAUAGUCUAUAUAAAUGUAACGUUCCCCACUGUGCAGCAAGACACAGGUUCCAAAUGAAUGGUUUAAGAGAGUAAAGUGUUGACUGACAGUGAUUUCAAGACUGCAGGAUUAUCACAAUUUUCUUGGAAACCAGUUUAUAUUUUGUUCUACUAGCAUACCAGAGAAGGUAGGCAGAACAGCAAACUGCUGCAAACUGGUUGACUGGGCAUCUGCACACAGCCGACCUCCAUAAUGGAGACAGCUAGCACACAGCCAUGGAUAAUUCAAAAGACACAGAAGAGCAGAUAUCUAAAUUGAAGAAAAACCACCAACACAACCCUACCCGCAAGUCUUGAGAAAACCAGAUGGAGAAAAUAA